AUGAGCGCUGAACAUCAGCAUUUUUAUCUGACGCGGAAGUUUCCUACGUCACUUGAAGAGACGUUUGCGAUCACGUUGCGAGAAGACUUCAGUGUCGUGGCUUCGCCACCGAAAUGGCUGGUUUGCUUUCGCGGUCGUCAGCGUGGUCACCAUACGGCUGUAUGCCGUGCGCCGGAUCCUGUACUCGCUGCGUCUGACCUCUCUGUCAACGCCGCUGAUUAG